CAUCAGACGAUGUGCACAAGCUGAGUGCUGCAAAAAUAGGCCGGUGGUGGAACAGUGCCCAAGAUCCGCAGGUUUGCAGAUCUACUGAAUCCUGCUGGCACGGGUUGACGCUUCUAUACUCGUAUAAAGGCGGCCAGACUUCCAGGCUGUUCACAUCUAUCACCAUCACCAUCUCAUUCUACAGAAUCUCCGGCAGCCAGAACACUUCCACACUGAUCUAAUCUGCAUUUCCGCAAUGGCAAUCCAAAGCAUGCUUGGUUUGGCCGUCCUGGGCCUGUCUGCCUCGGCCGUGGCCCAGACUGUCGAUGGCUCCAAGUACAACUCGCCCACUGGUGGCCCACCGUCUAGCUACUUUGCAGCGGCCUCAUCCAUUCCAGUUUCUGCGAUUCAGUUAGCUGCCGCCAAGGCAAGUGGUGUGCCGUCGUUGGCCACCUACCCAGUCAACACCGACAAGAACUCCCCUAAAUCGACCAUUCAUAAUGACUGGGUCAAAUUCAGCGAUGGAGCGGCCCUAAGCUGGGUCGCUGACAUGGAUGUAGACUGUGACGGAAUUGACUACAAGUGCUCGGGCAACGGGGAUGGCCAGCCGCAGACCAACUGGGGAGCGCUCGCCGCCUACGAAGUUCCCUUCAUUGUCAUCCCCGACAAAUUUCUGACCGCCAACACUGACCUUCUCCCUGGGAACAACGUCGCUGCUGUGAUCUGUAACGGCAAAAUGUACUACGGCAUCUUGGGGGAUUCCAACGGCGACGACCCCGAAGUCACCGGAGAAGCCUCCUGGCUGAUGGCUCGGACCUGUUUUCCCGACGAAGGCUUGAGUGGCGACGAGGGCCACACAGCUGCCGAUGUGACCUAUAUCGUCUUCACCGGCAAGGACGCCGUCCUCCCCAGCAGCGCCCUGGGCAAAAACUACAUCACCAACUUCACCACCCUCCGGUCCAUGGGCGAUAAACUGAUGGGCGCAUUGGCCUCCAAACUGGGCUUGGGCGGCGCCGCUCCCAGUGAAGGGCUGACUUCCUCGGCUGCGGCGACAACCCUUACGAAGACUACCUCCACAACAACUAGUGCUGCAAGUCCGACGGAAACAGACGAGGACGAGUGUUCGUGGUCGGGUCACUGUGAAGGUGCCACUUGUUCCUCUGAUGAUGAUUGUUCUGAUGACUUGGUGUGCGAUAGUGGGAGCUGCAGCGCUGAGUAGAGGGGGUGAUGUAGUUCCAGAGGGUUAAGGAAAAUCGGAUCACACCAUAUAUGUAUUAUGUAUCUCUCGUAGGAUGGAAUUGGAGUUUUGUUCUGAAUUGACAUCAUUAUCGUCGUUCCUCCACUUCUUCCUA